UCAACGCAUGUUGUAAAACAUUUUGACUGAAACAGCAAGUCAAAAAGUUCAGAGACGAGAAAAGAUGGUUGGACGAUGUUUGAGUUUCGUUCUCCUCGUGUUGGCAACACUGACUAACACCAGCGCGUCAGGCCUCAACGGUCAACCACAAUUUACCAUAAAAGCUGACAAUAACAAGGCGUUUGACGAAUCUUAUUUCAUUAAAACGAUCCGGAUAAAAGAUGGAAACAUAGCAGAUUGUCUGGAACACUGCCUGGAGGACUGUCGAUGUCAGUCGUUUCAAAUUUGCCAAAAUACAAAAUGUCAACUGUGUUUAAGUCACAAGGAAGAAAACAGUGCAUUGCUUCAUAACAAUGAGAGCUGCGUCUAUGCUACGUACGAGAUACAACAUUCAGACUUGAGUUUUCAGAGUUUCCAUUGUUCCGGCAUGAGUUGUUACAUGAGCUACGACUGUUGUCAAGUGUCAGGAAUCUGUCCGAAGAAAAAAAUUUGUAUUCCAAUGCCCUCGCUUGAUCAGCCCUGGAAACGUUUCACCUGCGAAUGUGAGGAAGGUUAUCAUGGAGACGACUGUCGCCCAAUGCCCCCAGUAUCGCAUGGAAGUGGAAGACAGGAAAGUGUGCCAGGGGGAAGUAGCCAGAGAGAGCCGGUGGAGGCCAGAGGAAGCGUGUUAGGCGGUGGUGGUAAUGAUGAGAAAACGCUACCUAAUUUGGACAAAUAAUAAAAAACCCGGUCGCAUGUGAACUAUAUUUCUUAGUUGUGCAAUACAGAAAUUAUGUGAAAGAAUUUUCUUUUGCAUUGAUAUGUCCAAAUUUGCUCUAUUUCUA